AUGAGCUAUUGGCCAGCUUACGAUUCGCCUCAAUGGACCGCGACGUCUUACGCUCCUUCCGAAUCGCCGUCGUCGAUGGGCGAUGUGAACCAGCUGGGUGGUUUCUUCGUGAACGGUCGUCCACUUCCAAUGGCUUUGAGGGUUCGCAUCAUCGAACUCCAUCAUUCCGGCAUUCGACCAUGUGACAUUUCACGGCAGCUCAGAAUCAGUCACGGAUGUGUAGUCGAGUAUAUUCGCCUAUUGAAGUACUCAGAUCCAGGAAUUUUCUCGUGGGAAAUUCGAGAUCGACUUGUAAACGACGGGAUUUGCAAUAAGGAUAGUGUGCCCUUCCGUCAGCAGCAUCAGUCGUAUACUACGCAGUAA